AUGUCGACCGAUAAGAGCUGGAAGUCGUUUGUUGCGGGAGCCACUGCAGGAGCCAUUGAAGGGUUUGUGACGUAUCCGUUUGAAUUUGCCAAAACCAGGCUCCAGCUUAUUGACAAAAGCUCAACCACGUCCCGCAACCCCAUUAGUUUGAUCUACCGGAUUGUGAAAAAUGACGGAGUCGCUGCAAUUUACACAGGCUGCAUACCGGCGGUUAUGGGAAACACAGCAAAGGCCGGCGUGCGAUUUCUAGGAUUCGACGCCAUCAAGGAUUUGCUGCGAGACGAGAAUGGGCAUUUAACAAAGACUCGCGGAGCGGUCGCUGGUCUGGGCGCUGGUGUGCUGGAGAGUGUGCUAGCGUUGACUCCUUCCGAGAGUAUCAAAACGGCGUUUAUCGAUGACCGACAAAGAGCCCAGCCGCGCUACAAUCAAGGAUUUGUCCGAGGCCUCAGCCGAAUGAUUGCCGACAACGGUGUGGGGGUUUUCUACCGGGGUCUUGUUCCCGUUACGCUUCGCCAAGCAUCAAAUCAAUUUGUGCGUCUUGGUUCUUAUAACGCCCUCAAGUCUCUGAUCCAGGAAAACCGCUCGGACCCCACAAAGCCAUUGACAGGCACAGAGACGUUUGCCCUGGGUAUGGUGGUGGGUGUUAUCACUGUGUAUGCCACUAUGCCUGUUGACACUGUCAAGACUCGCAUGCAGAGCAUUGACGCCAGAUCGCACUACAAAAACACCGUCGACUGUUUUGUCAAGGUCGCCAAGCAUGAAGGCGUGCUUGCCCUGUGGAAAGGAUCGACGGCCCGACUGGGACGGCUGGUUUUGAGCGGCGGAAUUGUGUUUACAAUUUACGAGAAAAUGAUGCUUUUAUUGAAUUAA